UGGCAUCACUGUGCGGCAGAUUACCGCCAUAUUUGUCGGCGUCCCACGCUACAGAGUACAGAGUAUUUAUUUAGCGAGUUGCUCGUUGUUUAUUACGUAGUUUUUACGUACCAGCACGAAAAUGUCGUACAAGGGACCGCAGAAAGUCCAAAAGGUGAUGGUCCAGCCCAUCAAUCUGAUAUUCAGAUAUCUGCAGAACCGUUCACGUGUUCAAGUCUGGCUGUUCGAGAACGUGAAUCUACGUAUCGAGGGACACAUCGUCGGCUUCGACGAGUAUAUGAAUUUGGUGCUGGAUGAAGCCGAGGAGUAUCAUCAGAAGACGAAAGUCAGGAAGCAACUCGGACGGAUCAUGUUGAAGGGCGAUAAUAUCACACUCAUACAAAACACUAAUCCCGGUGGAAAUUAAUGGACGGAAGAACAUAACCUUCACCUCAGCGGCCAGAUAGAAUUCUUUAAAGUUUUUUGAUUUAUAUGAAAAAAGUACUCAGGGAGACGAUUGUUUUAUCUGUAAAAAAGUGUCGAUUUUCGUUAGGCAUAACAAAAAUGUAUUUGCAUGAAUGAUGAAUGUAUCGAUUGAGAUUUGUAUCUUGGAAUACUUCUAGUUAAUUUGAUUUUUGUUGAUGAAUACGAAAUAAUUCAAAAUUUAAUUUGAAAGAGAAUUUAUUCGAUAUUUUAUGUCAACGCGCAAUAUUCAAAUUAUCUACCGCAAACUUACAACAAAUAUUCUCUGCAAUAUAUUAUAAUAUACUGUGAGUGUACAUUACUGACACAAUGUAGAAUUACAUUUUGUACGAUAGUUUUGAAAUUCAUGCUGAAUGUGUAUUGUGUGACUCGAUAAGAGGUAGAUAAAAUAUAUAUAAGUAAUUAUUAAAUAGUUUCAUAUUCUCUAAAAAA